UGUCGGAGCAGGGAGCGCAUAGCAACAGGAUUCUGAGAUGAAGAAGAUUCGGCAGCAGCAUCUCCGGGAGCCGGUGACCCCAGAUCUCCUGGUGAGCCCCAGCAGCCAGGACGGGGACCUGGGCUCCGAGUGCCCGGAAGACAGAGGGAACUGGACGGGGCAGCUGGAUUUCCUCCUCUCCUGCAUCGGAUACUGUGUGGGCCUUGGAAACGUCUGGAGGUUCCCCUACAGGGCUUACACUAAUGGAGGAGGAGCUUUCUUGGUUCCUUACUUCAUCAUGCUAGCCAUCUGUGGGAUCCCCAUCUUCUUCAUGGAGCUGUCACUUGGCCAGUUCUCUAGCCUGGGGCCGCUCGCCGUCUGGAAGAUAAGCCCUCUCUUUAAAGGCAUUGGCAUGGGCACGAUCCUCAUCGUCUCCUUGGUGGCCAUUUACUACAAUAUGAUCAUUGCUUACGUUCUCUUCUACCUCUUUGCAUCCCUCACAAGCGACUUGCCCUGGCAACACUGCGGCAACUGGUGGAACACCGACCUGUGCCUGGACCACCACGUCAUCAAGGCGGGGAACACCACCUUCCCCGUCAACAUCACCAACACCGUCAGCCCCAGCGAGGAGUACUGGAGCCGGUACGUCCUGCACAUCCAAGGGAGCUCUGGGAUCGGGGAUCCCGGGAGGAUCCGCUGGAACUUGUGUCUGUGCCUCCUCCUUUCUUGGACUAUCGUCUACCUGUGCAUCCUAAAGGGAGUCAAAUCCUCUGGCAAGGUCGUGUACUUCACUGCCACCUUCCCGUACCUCAUCCUGGUGAUGCUGCUCAUUCGUGGCGUGACUCUGGAGGGGGCCUGGAAGGGGAUCCGGUUUUACCUCACACCCCAGUUUGAUCACUUACUGUCUUCCAAGGUGUGGAUCGAGGCAGCCCUGCAGAUUUUCUACUCCCUUGGGGUAGGCUUUGGGGGCCUCCUCACCUUCGCCUCGUACAACACCUUCCAUCAGAAUAUCUACAGGGACACCUUCAUAGUGACCCUGGGCAAUGCCAUCACCAGCAUUCUGGCAGGGUUUGCCAUCUUCUCCGUUUUGGGAUACAUGUCUCAGGAGCUUGGGGUCCCUGUUAACCAGGUGGCAAAAGCAGGUCCUGGCCUGGCUUUUGUGGUGUACCCCCAGGCCAUGACAAUGCUCCCCCUUUCUCCAUUCUGGUCUUUCCUGUUCUUCUUCAUGCUGUUAACCUUGGGCCUGGACAGUCAGUUUGCCUUUAUGGAGACCAUCGUUACGGCAGUGACAGACGAAUUUCCCUACUACCUGCGGCCAAAGAAAGCUUCGUUCUCGGCCAUCAUCUGCAUCGCCCUCUUCCUGAUGGGGCUCAUCCUCACAACAGAGGGUGGGAUGUACUGGCUGGUUCUACUGGAUGACUACAGUGCUGGCUUUGGUCUCAUGGUGGUGGUGAUCACUACCUGCCUCGUGGUGACACGUGUCUAUGGCAUGAAGAGGUUCUGCCGAGAUAUCCACAUGAUGCUGGGCUUCAAACCCGGGCCCUACUUCAGAGCCUGCUGGAUGGUCCUGUCCCCGGCAACAAUGAUGGCUCUGCUGGUGUACAACAUUGUCAAGUACCAGCCCUCCGAGUACGGCAGCUACCGCUUCCCCGCCUGGGCUGAGGUCUUGGGCAUCCUCAUGGGAGUCCUCUCCUGCCUGAUGAUUCCCAUGGGCAUGGUGGUGGCUGUGCUCCAAGAAGAAGGGACGCUGUGGGAGCGAGUCCAGCAAGCCAGCCGACCCGCCAUGGACUGGGGCCCAUCGCUGGAGGAGAACCGGACGGGCAUGUACGUGGCAAGCCUGGCCGGCAGCCAGUCCCCCAAGCCGCUGGUGGUCCAUAUGCGGAAAUACGGGGGCAUCACCAGCUAUGAGAACACGGCCAUCGAGGUGGACCGAGAGAUGGAGGAGGAAGAGGAAGAGGAGGAAUCCGUGAUGUGA